UGUUAUGUAUCUUCAUGGCCUAAUGUACCUUCUUGUAUAGAUAAAUAGAUAUAUAAGGAAGGAAGAUCAGGAGAGGCCGGGUGGGCGCCCCUAGGACGAGUGUCCGCCGUGAGGACCCGGUCACCACAGGACCACUAACUUAGCCGAAAUGCUGCUGCGACGAGUGUCUAGACUCUCGUCCUACGGUAGAGUUCUUUUAAUUCCGUCAGUACCGGCAGUUGGUUCUAGAAAUGUGUCGAUACUUACAAACCAUAAUGGACUGAGGCUUAAUUUGUCAUCUGGGCUGUUGCAGUGUCAGUUUAAGACGGCAACUGUUCCACCAUACAGCUUGGCUUCUAGAACAGUGCCAGGAUUGAAAGCCACUUUAGAAGCAAGGAUGUCAACAUGGUUUCCAAACACUCAAACAAGUCUCUUGGCUGCUCCUGUACCUGUCAGUGCAGUUCAGACACGGUCAGUCAUCAAGUGGUCCAUGCGAAAGGGCAAGCGCAAGAGUGUUAAAGCAGUCAUCAAGCGAUUUAAGAGACUUGAUUGGGCAGGCCGAGGCAUUUGGAUACGUGCUAGAGCAGGAGCGAGCAAAAGGAUGUGGAAAAAGUCUCCUGCACAAAGGCGGCGAUGCAAGACACAUGUAUUCGUCAAUGCUACACAGUCUAAUUUGUUAGAUAAAAUGGUUACUCGGUGCUGGAAGAGAGUGCGACACUACCCUGAUGAUCCUUACAAGUCAUACAUGCGACGCGACAACUAUUAUUUAACUCGGUCAUACCCAAGAGAAUUUUAUUAAGCUGAUGUAAAAUGGUCUUUUCUUUGAAAUAUGUAAAUAUUGUAGCAAAUAAAUGUUGACCAGUUUA